CACAAACUCUAGGCAAUUUCUCCUUACCGCGGUCACCGCAUUAGUUCGAAAACAAUUAACUCAUCAUCCAUCCGUCAACGCUUAUCAACCACACAAAAAACAGCGGCUUUAACUCACAUUUCACGGCUCAACAGCAUUGCUGACAGCUCCGAAAAUAAAUUAAAGACUUUGAUAACCCAUUGAACCUGAUUGCCAUUCGUCAAAAUUAUUGUUCGAUUGCUUCAUGCUAACAUCCCGUCUCCGGCCGUCCAAAAUGUCGCUUAAAUUUUGUGCCAAUUUAAACUUUAUGUUCACCGAAACCGGUGAUUUUCUGGAGCGCUAUCGGUUGGCCAAAGCGGCCGGUUUCAGUGCGGUGGAGGGCGUCUUUCCACCGGAUCACGUCAGUGUGGCAGAUUUGGUGAAAGUGCGCGAGGAAACCGGUCUGGAGCAGAUACUGAUGAACAUUGCAAUAGGAGAUGUCCCGGAUGGGCAAUUUGGAUGUGCUGCCAUUCCUGGCCAGGAAGCCAACUUCAGAAAGAACCUCGAGCGUACGGUGGAGUAUGCCAAGGCACUUCAUUGCAAGAAAAUCCACAUUAUGGCCGGAAAACUGAAUGGCCCCGCUACUGCCCAGCACGAUGAAACCUACUUGAGUAACCUAAAGGCUGCUGCCACUAUUCUGGAGACGAAUAACAUCCUGGGCGUGAUCGAACCCAUCAAUAAGUACUCCGUCCCUGGAUAUUACCUUGCAUGUUAUGAAAAAGCUAUCAAAACACUGAAAGAAGUCAACAGCCCAAGCCUGAAGCUGAUGUUCGACAUCUUUCACGCGCAACACAUCCGCGGUGACCUGACGAACGCCAUCAAGUGCUACGCGGACUACAUCGGACACGUCCAGUUGGCACAGGUUCCCAAUCGCAAUGAGCCCAACACCGAGGGGGAACUCAACUAUCCGUACGUGCUGCAUACACUGGAAACCCAUGGCUACACCGAUUGGAUUGGUUGCGAGUACAAACCCAAGGCCGGAACAGUUCAAGGUCUCGGUUGGUUGCGUGACUUUGGCUACUGGGGCCAGUGAUCGAUUAGGCUUGAACUUGACUUUCAGUUGCCCAGUGAAAACAAACAAAAGAGUUGUUAAUAUUUUAUUAGGGGAAAUAAAUGUUCUUAUGGGAUA